AUGAAGGGAAAUGUCGCGAGGUUCGACAUGUCCGAACGGCGUCUUGACGUGAAAGGGCUCGACGAGUUUUUCGGGGUGUUUGCCUCUGGAGACGAGCGGAAAGUGAGAAGUUCUAGGCUCUUGGAGGAGUCGGUGAGGUACGAUUUGGUGAAGGAUUUCGGGGACAAAGUGUUGUACCUUAGCGCCUUUUUGUCAUUUGGGGACAUAACUCGUACGGGAGCCACAGCCAACACGAUCUGGUUGCCCAUAUUUUACGACGGUAAUGCCAUUUUCUACUCCUUGAGGGGCGGGAAGUUCAUUCGGACGACGGAAGAUACUCGUGCGAAGAUGCACUUUGCCUUACGAGAUUGA